CUUAAGAGUGGCGCCAGAGUUUUGAACGGCGCUUCUGGGAGUGGAGGGCCGAUCCUCUGCGUGGUCUCCUGGAUUGCAGUUCGCCAUGACCGUCCCCUCCCUUGAGGAGCUGGACUCCUUCAAGUACAGUGACCUGCAGAACUUGGCCAAGAGUCUGGGCCUCCGGGCUAACCUGAGGGCAGACAAGUUGUUAAGAGCCUUAAAAGCCCACCUUAAAAAUGAAGCAAGAAAAGAAAAUGAGAAUCAGGAUGAAAUUCAAACUUCUGCAUCUUCUUGUGAUGAGACUGAGGUACAGCUCAGCAGCCAGGAACAAGCUGAGAGGGAGCCAGUUGGCCAUGUCACCAAAACAAGGAGAAGGCGCAGGACUGUCCGCAGGAGCCCUGACUCCCAGCAGGAUCAUUCAGAGAUAAAAGUAUGUGAUCCUACUGAAUUCCAGAAUCAAGAAAAGCAUGAAAACCAGGCUCUCAGAACUGCUGUAGAAGCUCCUUCUCUACCAAACAAGAGUCAAGAUGAGAAUGCAGUGCCCUCAGGAAAAAGUGGAAUAAAUGGUAAUGAAGGUCCAAAGAUACCUUCAGAAAGAAAGAAGUCUCUCUACACAGAUGGGUUUUCCAAACGUGGAAAAAAUAAAAGAACUGCAAGCACUACUCCAAAUUUUAAGAAGCUUCAUGAGGCUCGUUUUAAGGAAAUGGAGUCCAUUGAUCAAUAUGUUGAGAGAAAAAAGAAACAUUUUGAAGAACACAAUUCAUUUAAUGAACUGAAGAAGCAGCCCGGCACUAAGGGAGUGGCGGCAACUCCAGUUCCUCCCCGAGAAAGACUCUCUGUGGCUUGUACCCCCGCCAGCCAACGGGGCUCACAAGGCCGGCCCCACGCAGGCCGUAGCACCUUGUGUGUGAAGAGGCUGGCCAAGCGCUCCGCGCUCUCAGCAACUAAGAUGAAUGUCAGGUUUUCAGCUGCUACUAAAGAUAAUGAGCAUAAGCGUUCACUGACCAAGACUCCAGCCAGAAAGUCUCCACAUGUGACCACAUCUGGGAGUACCCCAAAAGGCCAGGCUGUGCUCGGGACACACAAGUUAAAGAUCACAAGGGCUGAAUCUGCUGCUGUUAUUACCCCGUUCAAUUUGACAACUGAGGCAGCGCAGACUCCGAUCUCACAUAGAAAACCAGUGUUUGAUCUCAAAGCAAGUUUGUCUCGUCCCCUCAACUAUGAGCCACACAAAGGAAAACUGAAACCAUGGGGACAAUCUAAAGAAAACAGUUCUCUGAAUGAACAUAUCAACAGAGUUAGCUUACACAAGAAAAGUUAUAAACAACCUCAUCUCCAGACCAGGGAGGAGCAACGGAAGAAACAUGAGCAAGAACGAAAGGAGAAGAAAGCAAAGGUUCUGGGAGUGCGAAGGGGCCUCAUUAUGGCUGAACAUUCAUAAUUUAAUAUCCUGUAAAUAUUCCUUUUCUCUGAACCCUCUUUUGUAAAUAUUUUUGUACUGUCCUCUCACUUUAGCCAAAAGACCUUUUUCUGCUCUUAACUUUGUUCAUAUAUAUGUAGUGUCUGUGGCUUCUUCACAUGUUUUACCCCUGAAAAGACAUUACUACCUUUAAAGCUCUCAAAUUCUUUUGAAAUAGUUUUUACCUAAGCCCUUAUACAACUAACUCAGUUUUCUAAAAAGACCCAUCCUAUAGAUUCUUGACCUAGAUUUUUAAGGUCAAGUUCCCUCUGCUGGCUCUAAUAACAGAACUUCAGUCCUCUUCUAGGCAAAAGCACUUACCUGAUGGUAGCUAAUUAUACUACAGACUUUAGUAGAAAUUGAACAAUAACAAGUUAUGAAUAGGGUAAGCUGUGAAAGGCCACCUCUUCAUCCUCUAGAGAACCUAGUAGUCUUACCGAAACUGUGGGCCAUAUGGGUUUGUAAGGCAUCAAUAUUUUAUCUAUGCGAAAUGUUUCAUUUAAGCUUCUGUGUACCUUUUUCAGAUCACUUCAUGUAAUUGUCAAUUACAUAUCUUUUUUUUUUUUUUUCCUCAAUGUAUUAAAAAUAAAACUCUACAGCUCAUUCUAGCCUGGCUUAUUUAGAAAUAUACAGGGUCAUAGUGAAAUUUGAGGAUUGCUGCUUUAAGGAUUACUAUGCUCUGUCAAACUUAUACAUCUUACUCAAUUUAUGGAAAAGACUAGAGUUGCUUAGUAUCAUAUCCAUGUCUGUUGCACCCGAAUGGAGCUUCUGAGUUUUGUACUGCUUAAAAUUUUCAUAAAUAAAAUUUUUUCUCAUGGUGGUAGAUUCAUUCUUUGUAAAUGUAAUUGGUUUCUAAAAUUUAGUUGACCAGCCAAGACUAACAAGAGUUGACUUGUACUCUUUGUGUAUCCUUUCUUGACCUCCCACUCCCACUCCCAGAAGAAUUGACUAUGUCCUUUUGUAUUUUCACAGCACCUGUCACAUUCUAUUAUACUUAUUGUUAUACGUAUAUGGGCCCGUAGAACAUGGCAUACUCCUGGGUGCUUAAUACACUCAGAUUUUGCUAUCAAGAGGCAGAGAUCAGAUCAAUCAAGAAAUCUGUGUCAAAUACACUGCUACUGGGAAGGUGAAAUGAUAUAACCACUUUGGAAAACAGUUUAGUAGUUUCUUUAAAAAAUUUAAAUGUACAUCUACCACACGACCCAGCAAUUCUCCUAAGAAAUGAAAACAUAUGUCCACACCAAAACUUGUGUCUGCAAAUAUUUACAGCAGUAUUAUUCACAGUAGCCAAAAAGUGGAGAAAA